UAAUCAGAUGGUUUAUCGGUGUGGCCGCAAGUCUCACGAAAACCCGACAUUAUGCUCAAAGCUUUUAAUGAGGACUAAAAUAAGUUGAUCUCCUAUUUCGGGAUACUCGAGUGUGUUCCGUAUACAACAUUCGAGUAGCAUUGCAACGGAAUGCAUUUGCCUUAAAUAAAUUUCACAAAAUGCUGCUUGAAUUGGUAACCCCAUAAGCAAUGUAAUAUCAUCUUUUAAGGUGUUAAUAAAUUUAAUUAUUCGGCGGCUGGCAUAUGACAAAUUAUUAGCAAACUAAUCCGCAACCCACCUUACUUUCAUCGAAAUUUGUCUGAGCGCUGCAUUUGUCAACUGUUUAUUGCCGUAACAAAUUAUAGAAAACCAAAUGUCUGCUCCAUGUACUGGUUUUCUCUACACUCCCCUUGCCGGCAUUUAUUUUAGUUUGUUUAAUGUGAGACGUCUGUUUCCAAUGUCCAGUUUAUUUGCCUUCAAACAUUACUCUUACGCAACCGUUCUCUUCACAUUCUCCCUUUGUUGCCAUUACUGAAGCAAAUUUUCAACUCCAUUAAACAUGAUAAGCGCACGUUCUGAGAAUAAAAAUCUUGAAUGGCCAUUUGAGUGGCAACCACCACCUACCACUCGUUCUGCAGGAGUGUGCCGAGUGCCAUACGAGUCUGUAGGUAUGUAAUAAACUCUUUGUCAAAAGAAAUGAAGAUUGAACACGGUAAGUGACAUUGAAGCCAAAAACAAAGAAAAAAACAAAUUGGCAAGUAAUUUGAUGAAAUAUAUGGCCAUUGAGAGACAUAUGGAGCUCUAACAUAUGACAUGAAUCCUGUUGGUGAUAUUUGUGAAUAUCGCAUUUCAAAUUAUAAGAAAGUCAUUUCAGUUUUCCCGGCAAUAUGUAACGCCUUUUAGACUGAAAUCUUAUCCUAGAUAUCGACCAAAAUAUUUUUAAUCACCUACUCGAAACAAAUCAAUCACAAAAUUUGCCCUUCUUAAAUGCUUCUGGCGUUUAAGAUACUAAUGGCAUAUUUUCAAUCCCCCAUGUAAAUCCAACCUGUUUGGCUGGGACUUAGAUCGAAGUUUUUUAUUGAUCUUUGAAAUUUAUGAAUAUUUACAGUCAUUCCAUAAAAUGUAUUUGAUAUGCCACCUAUUUAAACAUUCUACUAACUCAGAUGCCUCCUCUUCCACUUACAGCUCGUCAAAGACAUGCAUCGUCAGCGAUUUAAAAUUGGUCAAAGCUAAGUGUAGACACACAAAGAAUGAUGAAACUGAAACUCAAAUCAGCUUUAAAUCAAAGUGAACUGCAUUUAUAGGAAGAACUAAGUGAACAAAGAGGGAAAACCAAAAUAAAAACAAAAAAAGAAAGACGAAAAAGGAAAGUAAAAGCAAGCACACAGGCAUCUAUGAAAAAAUGCCGCCUCUCAACGAAGUGCUACGAGUGAACUGGAAUUUGCAAAUCAUAUCAUGUAUUGUCGUGCUGCUCACGACACACAGCAUACAGCUAGCCCACUGUAUCGACUGCUUCAAAUGCGUCUCAUUCAAUGGAGCCAACAAGGCAUGCGACGAUCCCUUCCACAACAACUACUCUACCGCCAUACUGGAGUCGCCGUGUAUGGGUGGACGAAAAGGACGUAACGGUCUAUUUCCGACGGCGGCCUGCAUCAAAAUCGCCGGGAUUUAUGAUGAAGUCCAAAAGAUGACGAUCUUAUAUUGGAGCUGUGACAGUAGGCAUCUUAGAGCGCAACUUAGGUCAUAUUUUACAUGUAAGUAUCGGCAUAAGAAACCUAUAGCCUACAAGUUUUCUGAUUUCAUGUAUCGGACCCCAAACGCAACCGUCACACCACUUCACAUCCGAGUCUGCCGAUGUUUGAUUAUGUUCCCGAGGAAUUUUUGCGCCGUUUCAUAACUGUGUGACGAAAUAUGGAUCCGCUUGUACACAUAACGGAUCUUUGAAACUUCACACAGGAAACUUGCUCCAAGAAGGCGCAGACUAACCUAUUGAGUUUACGAGAGGGCGCCAAUCGUUCUUUCUUUUCCCUGCUUAGCACCAGGUCCACUUGAUAUUUCCAACGGAUUGGAGGUCUUCUUUGUCCUCUGCUUCCCCCGAAGGGUACUGCGUCGAAUACUUUCAGACCUUGAAGCAUAAAUCUU